AUGGGUAAUGAUCAAAGCAAAACAUCUGAAACACGAUUUUCAGAAAUAUUUUCAGAGUUCACAGAAGAGGAAAAAGCUACACUCUUAAAAGUUUUUGACGAGUUCGCUUCUGAUAAUUCGAAUAUACAAAAACCCAAAAUAACAGAAGUAACCGCAACAAGUAUCAAAAAUUACCUACCCCCAACGAUUGGAGAAUCGCUCAAAAAUGGAAUUGUUACUUAUUUUCAAUCAACGUCAGUUGAAAGUUCAAUUUCUACUAAAAUUUUAGAAAAGACAUCAUUUCAAAUAUCGCCUUCUAAUGUGAUAACUAAGCUUGGCUUUGUAUCAGCGAUUCAUAAUUUGACGAAAACUUUGCCAAUUGAUAGAUCCCAGGCUAUACAUAUUAUAGGACAGUUAUCACAAAGUACGCUUAUAGAUUUUGUAAGAGAUGUUGUUCGAGCAGCACUGGCAUAUUGGUUUGAAGGAAGUUAUUCACCCAAGCAGAGAAAAUUAAAAAAAGAAAACAGUAGAAUAUUUAAAGAUGAUAUGUACUUGAUUAAUUUAGUAAUAUUGAAACCAAAAAUUAAACAUAAAGAAUCAGAAGAUGACGAACUUUUAGCAAAGUUUAUUAAAGAAACAGAAAUAGAAGGGUAUUUUAAUCAAGACCGAUUUAUGAAUUGGUACACUAAUAAUUUAUUAUUUCAACAAUUAUUCAACAUACUCGUAAAUCGAUCGUUUCUAUAUCAGACAAUUCCAUAUCAUUCAGAAGAUGAAAUGAUCAAGUUACGAUUUUCAAAUCAAAUCUCACCAGAAAUUUAUUCAACAUAUAAAUUAAUGGAAUUUUCGAAUCUAUUAUCACCAGCCGAUUAUUAUAUUUUAAAUGAUAAUCUACCAUUAGAUUGUAAAAAUACAAAACAUACACUGUUAUUCUCGUCAGUGCGUGAUGGAGGAAGUUGGAACGCAUUUGUCGAUUCAUUAAUUUAUCAAGGAUCUACGUACAUCAUAAUAAAAGAUGAAGAUGGUUAUAUAUUCGGUGGAUUUGCAUAUGAUGAUUGGAAACAAAACCCAAAGUUUUACGGGGAUAGAAAAAAUUAUUUAUUUUCUAUUAGACCUAAAUUAAGGUAUUAUCCUACUACUGGCUAUAAUAAUAAUUUUCAAUAUUUGAAUUUUGGUGUAAAGACUUUACCAAAUGGUCUGGCUAUGGGUGGACAGUUUGAUUACUGCGGUCUAUGGAUUGAUUCAGAUUUUAUUCACGGGCAUUCAAAAGCUGCACCACUUUCAUCAACGUAUUCGAGUCCACGAUUAUCUAAACAAGAAGAAUUUUUGAUAGACGAAGUUGAAGUGUGGUCAGUAAGGCCAACUCAAGUUGAUUUGGAUGAAAUUCAAAAAGGUCCAAAACGUUCAGCGUUGGACAGUAAUCGUGGAGAGUUAGAACUUUUAGAAAUGGCUACAGGUCGUAAAAUGUAUUCAAAAUAUGUUAGAGAACCUGAUACUUC